CGAGGCAUCGCUCUGGAUGACGUUGUUAAGCUUGGCAACUGGACUUCUCCCUCCACGUUCCAACCUCAUGAUCGUCGCAAUUUGCACUCUGAGGAAGCAUUUAUCCUCUCUUCUCCUAUCAUCUCAAGUCUAAAAGUAAAGUAUAGAAACCUCUGA